UUUCAGCUCGAAGCUCUCAGAGCUGUUUUCAGUGAGCUGCUUCUGCUUGUUGAAGCAUGACUGAGACAGAGUUAUACACGCUGCACAAAGGCGUCUAUGUGCCUUCAAGUCUCCAUCCGCCCGAGAGCCUCAGGUACUACGAGGAGUUUACUUUUCGUCCGGAUGACAUCCUUAUUGUAACGUACCCCAAGUCUGGUACGACAUGGAUGCAGGAGAUUCUCCCUCUGAUCAUCAGCGGAGGGGAUCCGGCCUCCGUAGAGACUCUUCACAACUGGGACCGUGUUCCAUGGCUGGAGGAGAAUCGAGCCCGCACCCUCAACCUUGAAAAGAGGCCGUCUCCACGCAUGUUUACAACUCACUUCCACUACAGCAUGAUGCCGCCAUCCUUCUUUGAAGUUAAACCAAAGGUCAUCUAUGUCAUGAGGAACCCCAAAGAUGUGUUUACGUCUGCUUUUCACUAUUUCGGGUCAACUUCGUUCCUGGUGAAACCAGGCCCACAGAGCGAAUUCCUCCAGAAGUUCCUAGAUGGAGAAGUUAUAUUUGGUUCCUGGUUUGACCAUGUAAAGGGUUGGCUCAAUGCUAAAGAUAAAGAGUCUAUCAUGUACAUCUCCUAUGAAGAACUUUUAAAGGACCUGAAGGACUCUGUGACCAGAAUCGCUCAGUUCAUGGAGAAAUCUCUGGAUACUGAAGUAAUAGAGAAGAUAGCAGACCGAUGCUUGUUCAAGAACAUGAAGAAAAACAGCAUGUCAAACUACUCGGCUGCUCCUAAAGAAUUGAUGGACCAGAGCAAGUCUGAAUUCUUCAGGAAAGGAAUUGCUGGAGACUGGAAGAAUCAGCUAACAGAGGCAGAAGCAGAAUGCUUUGAUGCUGUUUACAAAGACAAAAUGAAAGAUGUCAAAUAUAAAUUUGUUUGGGAUUAAAAGACUAAAUGAAAGUCAUUUCAUCAUAGAAUUAGAGAAACAAAGUAGAGCAUUAAAUGGUUUGUUGAUAUGUAUUCAUGAGGUAAUUUUGUAGUUAUCAACAUAAAACUGGUAACAGCAUUCUGAUUGGUGCAAAACCAAAAUCAACUCUGUUUAAGUGAAACCCUGGUGGAGUGAGGGGGUUGUCAGGGUCGGCGCACUUCAGUGGUGAUGUUGAAAGAGCCCGCGAAAUAAUUUUCCACUAGGCUAGAGAACUGUGAAACUUAUAAUAUCCAAUGUCACUGAAUGAGAGUGACGAUAGGACCAGUAAAAUGUAACAUGUAUUUGUUUAUUCUAUGCCAUUUUGUUUUCUGCUUCCAAACUUUCAAAUGAUGUACUUUUAACUCAAUACCAUUUAUAUUAACUCUUAAGUUGCUUAUUCUGCAGAUUUUAAAGCAUAAAAUGUGAUAAAAAAGCUAUAUUGUUACAGAUAAAGCUACCCCCUCAUGCACAAGUAAUUAAAAGCAUGUGAUAUAAACAUUCAAAAAUUAUGAUCUAGUAAUAUAGUGCAUAUAUUCUGCAUAAUUAAAGUAUAUUCUAAUGCUCAAACAUUUGUUCCAUUACUUAACCUCCUAAGACCUGAACUCUUCCACGGCAUGCAUUUUUAAUUUCUCUUUGAUAUUUGGUCACAUUGGGGCCUGAUGAAUGUAAAAACAAAGAAUUACCAGAUUUUUUUUUUAACCUUAAUUUUGUUUUUAAGAAAAAUAAGAGCCACAUAUGAGGAUAUUUGUUUAAAAUUUUGAUAGAACAGUAGCAGUAUAAUGUCCUCGUAAGUGGAUAUCAGGCCCUUGUAGAGCAAAACUGAGUAUUUUGAUCUAAAUAACCCAAAAUGUGAUGUCAGGUCCUAGGAGGUUAAGUAGAUUUAUGCCUUUAUUCAAUAUGAAACAGUUUUUACAUUUGGGUGCAAUGCAACUUUACAUAUAAUACUUUUGCAUCCACACACAGGUCUGCACAAGUAUGGAAGUUUUCCUGUGCUGUGUGUUUUUCUGGUCAAAUGCUCCGAAGUGUCGCAAGGAGUUAUGCUACCCUCUGUAGCUCAGAUCAUACAUCCUGUUGUCUGUUAAAGUGUUCAUUGUGCCAGAUUAAAGCCCUAAAAUCUUGCCUAAGUCAUGUUUGCUAAAUGUUACUACAUGUACAAUAUUGUUAGAAAGAAGGUACAAGCUAGCAGUGUAUGGGACAUCAAUGAUAAAGUGGUGUAAAUCAUAAUUCAGUUCAAUGCAAUUUUACAUCACCAGUCAUCUGAAGGCACUUUAGAUUAUAAGGUAAAGAUCAUUCAGUAUAAGACAGAAAACAGCAACAAUCAGAAUAUCCCUUAUGAAAAAGCCCUUGGAGAGAGUGGGAAGGAAGAACUCUAUUUCAGCAUGAAAAUACAUCUUGCAGAACCGGACUCAGUCAUCUGCCAUGACAGGCUGUGAAGUGACCAUAAAGACACAGAGUAAAACACAAAAUGUAUGAGAAGAUAAAACCAGUGACGGUUAAUGGUGUCAUACUGAUUAUCAUGUUUGCUUUCACAG